AUGAGUUGGUUCAACGCGUCUCACCUGUCCACCUUUGCCAAGCAAGCUUUAACGCAAGCUCAGAAGUCCAUCGACCGCGUUUUGGACAUCAAAGAAGAGGACCAAUGGGCGGACACAACUGUAAUGCCCUACAAUGAUGUCACAUUACCGGGAAAGCUUUCCCUGAGUGGAGGAUGGGGGAUGACACAGUGGGAAGCGCCCAUAGAAGAGAAGACCACCACUCCUCCUCCUUCCUCAGAGGCUAUCACUACUCCUGUCACUCGUACUGUUGUGGAUGAAUCCGAAAACUUUUUCAGUGCCUUUCUGUCUCCUGGAGAUGUACCUGCUGUCCCCAAAGCCCCGGUGGUGUCGGUCCCCCCCACGAAAUCGCAAAGGCGGCCUCAAGAGAAGGAGAAGAAAAUCAACGAGGCUGUGGUCCAAAAGGAUGUAGAGCUUCAGAGACCUGCCGACCAGAGUCACGACGAUGAGACAACUGCUGAUGACCAGCCUGCAGAGGCUGAGUCCUCACCAGCAGCCCCGUGUCCAGAAACCAUCCUCCUUCAGCCAGUGUCUCCCUCUUCUCCCGCUGACCCUCCAACUAGAUUGGAUGGUACAACGAAGAGCGAGGCGACAGAUGCUGAUGCCACCAUUUCUGCGGACCCAGAAGCAGAGCAGCCAGAGACGCCAUCAGAACCUCAGACAGCGCAGGAUUCACCAGAUUCUCCAGAUUCUCCUGAACAUCCACCUCCUGCUCCAAAGACCGCCGCUCCCCCCGACCCUCCACCCACCACAUCCUCUAAGGUUGUACUCCUUGAGCAUAAAGACUCAAAGGUGGAGGAUCGUCAGAAUGACACCCCUUCACCUCCAGUCAGCGCUUUCUCCUCAGGAACCUCCACCACUAGUGACAUUGAAGUGCUUGACCACGAGAGUGUGUUGAGUGAGAGCUCAGCCAGCUCUAGACAAGAAACUGGGGAGGGCAAGACUGGCCUUCACCUAAUGCAGGGCUCCUUCCAGCUCCUCACUGCCUCCACCUGUGCAGAUUUUGCCCGACUAGAGGAUUACCCCAAGCUCACUGAGAGCUGCGGUUCCUCCUCAGAUGCGUUUGAGCGCAUCGAUUCAUUCAGCGUCCAGUCACUGGACAGCCGGAGCGUCAGCGAGGUCAACUCAGACGACGAGAUCCCCGGAAGCCGGACCCUCGCUUCCGUCACCGCUGGACCCGCCCCUUUGACAGCGCCGUGCCAGAAACAGGAAGAUGAUGCUGUGGAGAAGGCAUGUGAGGAGGAGGAGGUUGAAGACGAGGGAUGCUCAGAAACAACCAGGGAGCAGUCGCUGGAUGAGAUGGAGGAGAGUGGACGGAGCGCGACGCCCGUGAAUAGCGAGCAGCCGGAGGAUUUGACAGAGCAGGAGUCUGACUUGAACGUCGCAGUAUUUGAUCCUGUCUCCAACGCUGGUGAACCCACCACACCACCAAUCACUGAGGAGAUGAAGAGUGUGUCCACUGUGCAAAUAUUGAAGCUUCAGAAGGCUAUUGAUGAGCUCUCAGGUCGCCUGGAGAAGAGAGAGUCACAGCUGCUCUCUGUGAGCAAAGACAAGGCCAAGCUGGAGGAAGAGUGCGACAACCUGAAAGAUGAAGUGAUAAGUUUGAAGGAAGAGAGCUCCACUGUCCAGUCCCUGAAGGAUGAGUUCACCCAGCGCAUAGCCGAUGCAGAAAGGAAAGCUCAGCUGGCCUGUAAAGAGAGAGACAUAGCCAAGAAGGAGAUAAAAGGCUUACGCGAGGAGCUUUCUACAAGGCUGAACGCCAGUGAUACGAUGGAGAUCAUCAAAGAGAAGGAGGAGCAGAUCAGAGGCCUGCUGGAAGAGGGUGAGAAGUUGUCCAAGCAACAACUGCAGCAGAGCAACAUCAUUAAAAAACUUCGUGCGAAGGAGAAGGACACCGACAUGAGAACCACCAAGCAGCAGAAGAAGAUCAAGGAGCAGGAGGAGGAGCUGAAGCACCUGCAGCAGGUUCUGGAUGGGAAGGAGGAGGUGGAGAAACAGCACCGGGAGAACAUAAAGAGGCUGAACACGAUGGUGGAGCGACAGGAGAAGGAGCUCAGCAGGCUGCAGUUGGAGUCUGAGGAGCAGCAGGAGAAAGGCCGGAGCCUGCAGGCCGCUCUGGACAACUCCUACAAGGAACUAGCAGAGCUUCACAAAGUCAAUGCCAGCAGAGCCAGUGAGGCUGAAGAAGCAGCUCUGAGCAGGGAAAUACAGGCCAAAGAACAGCUGAGUCUGACUCUGGAGAAGGCUCAGGAGGAGGCCAGGAUUCAGCAGGAAGUACUGGCUAACCAGGUGGCUGAUCUCAGGCUGGCUCUGCAGAGAGCCGAACAGCAGCAGGCGAGGAAAGAAGAUUAUUUAAGGGAGGAGAUCAGCGAGCUUCAGCAGAGACUUCAAGAUGCAGAGACCAGAAACCAGGAGCUCAGCCAGAGUGUGACCUCCGCCACACGGCCGUUACUGCGGCAAAUUGAAAACCUACAGGCCUCGCUGGGUGGACAAACGGCAUCCUGGGAAAAGCUGGAGAAAAGCAUCUCUGACAGGCUCACCGAUGCCCAGGCGCAGCUGGCCGUCGCUGUGGAGAAGGAGCGAUCGGCAGCGGAAGAACUUCUUUCCAUCAAGUCACAGCUGGCCUCUCUGGAAUCCCAGAAUUCCACGCUGCGCCAAGAAAAAGCCCGACUCCUGGCUCAGUUGGAAACUGAGAGGAACAAGAGGGAGAAACUGGAGGACGACAGCAGCCGGGAACACGUGGAGUUGGAAAAUCUGCGAGGGGAACACACUCGACUACUCGAGGAGGCCAAAAAAGAAAAGCUGUUGCUAACCAACCAGCUGGAGAUGGAAAAGAUGAAGGUGGAGCAAGAGAAGAAGAAGUGCUACCUGGCGCAAGAAGCACUCAAAGAAAAGGAGCGGAAGACCAUGAGUCAUUCUGUCGGAGAGCCUCCGGCGUCCUCCACCCCCUCUCUGUCUCGCUCCAGCUCCAUCAGCGGGGCGGAUAACGCCGGUCUGCACACCUCCAUGCUUUCCCAGGAUGAGUCUAUAGACCAGUCUCUGGGCAACAUGACCAUGUCCAUGUCAAUGAGCGGCACCAACCUGUACGAGGCGGCCCGGCUGUCUGGAGGCUCCAGCAUCAUAGAAAACCUCCAGUCUCAACUCAAGCUGAGAGAAGGAGAGAUAGCACAGCUGCAGCUUGAGAUCUCCACCCUGGAAAGGAGCCGCUCCGUCAUGGCGGAGGAGCUGGUCCGACUCACAAAUCUGAACGACGAGAUGGAGGAGAAGGUGAAGGACAUCCCCAAGCUCAAAGUUCAACUCAAGGACCUGGAGCAGAGGCACAACACCAUCCUGCAGAUGUACGGAGAAAAGGCGGAGGAAGCAGAGGAGCUGAGGCUGGACCUGGAGGACGUGAAGAACAUGUACAAAACUCAGAUUGAUGAAUUGCUGCAGAACCAGAAAUAAACCAGUUUUGCUCUUCUGGGGCACGAAUCAGUUUUACACCUUAGUCACAAGAGAAUCAGAAAAUUUAGGUUUAAUCACUGUGUCACCUGAAAAUUCAUUCAUCUUUUUUUAUUUCACCCGAUCAAAUAGUUGUUUUAGUUUAAUUAAUGAACCUUUAUUGAAAUGGGGAUGUUGGGAGUCUGCUCCUCCGUGCAUUCACCAGGGCUUGUAUGAAGGACAGCCGCAGUGUGAGAUUCACUCAUUCAUAUCAAAUCUUUGGGGCUCCAUUGGA